AUGGCUUUUAUUUUGCUAAAAAAAGUUUUAUACCGAUUUGUUCUUCCAACAGCAUUACUUACCGGCGCAUUCAUCCGGCCAUGUUUUAUUUCCAUCACCUACAUUAUUUUCGCCUUAAUUGGUCCGCAUUUGGGGCCCAUAUUGUCAUAUGGACCAAUUCAACGGUCACUUCGUGUUUAUUUCAUUUCCGUCUUGCUAACGGCACUGCUUACUUCCGCUAUUCAGUUGAGCUAUCAGAUUUAUGAAUCAUUUUCUCAGCCGAAUAUCGAUGAAUACACCAAAACAUGCAAUAUGUCAAUUUUGAACUUUUGGUUGCGACAGAUUGGAUUAGUUAGAAUCAAACGUUAUUCUGGCUUCGAUACAAUACGUGUAAUUCUUCCUGAAUUACUGGCACUUGUAGCUUCUCUUCUGGUUACAGGCUGUUGUUUUCUUAUUCAUCAAAAUGAAGAUUUCGGAAGUAGCAGCCAUAUCGUUAAUGUGCAAAUAGUACGGGAAACUUCAGGCACUACUGAAUUUACGAAAAUAAGCAACAGUGAAGCAUUGGUUUUGUUUCUGAAAAGGCUCUCAGACGUUGCAGUAAUUUUGGCUCUCGGUUUAACCGGCAUUUUUCAGCCAUGUGUUCUCAACUCCAUUUAUUUCAUUACAUUUCUUUGUAUUACAACGUUGUGGGCAUUGUACAAACCCCUUCAUUGCCAUGUCUUCAAUAUUCUUAAACGUGUAAUCAUCUUCUUUUGUGCAUUGCACUUCCUGUUGCUUUAUAUAUAUCAGAUACCAUUCUUUCAAACCAUCAUACUUGGACAAUCAUUUUUUGCUCGUUUGGUUGGUUUUGUCCCUAUUUUAUACACGGAUUGCAAUAUGUGGUGGUCAGUGAAUGUCAUUUCACUUGAUUAUUGGACAACAUUUGCCAAUGCAGCAGCUGUACUAGUUCUUUAUCACCUUCUAAUUAUUCAGUGUAGUUUUACAAGAUGUGAAAUUUAUCGUAAAUAUAAGACUUGCGAAGACACUGGAAGUAUAAUGCAUGAUGAGCUUCUUGCAAGCGAUGCAAAUUCUCACAGUGUCCGAAAUUUAUCACUGGAUCAGGUUAAUCCGUUUCAUGCUGACCACGAAGAGAUAGCAGUCGUUUUUAUUGGACCAGGAAAGCAUGAGACAGUAAUAUCUCAAGGAUUUAGUGCUUCACUAACUUUUGUUUCCCAUCAUCUUCAUGUUUUUUCUUUAAUGGCUAUGACGUUCUGGGCUCUUCUUUACCACUCAGUAUUUGGUCUGGUAUUUUUAGUAGAAGCUUGCAUUAUUUUGGUUUUCAAAAACACACGCACUGUGGCACUUCGAGCAUCACCACCACUUAUGGCGUAUGUUGAAUUCCUACUUGUUGCACAGUAUGUGUGCAGCAUGGAUAUCAAACAUGAACUGCCGCAGUCAAGCUCUAUGGAACUUAUUGGUUUCAUUUUCGCGUCUAAUCGAACUGCAGCGUUCAUUACUCUUGUCACUAAGGGUUUAUUGAGCUUGCCAGUUUUUGCACUACCUCGGGUAUAUCUUCAUGAAAAAUCUAGUACUAAUUCAACAACUGGUCCUAUCGGUAUAUCUGGUAAUGAAGCAUUGUCAUCUCAGAGUGCAUUAGUUGGCGUUGGAGUGGUUGCAAAAUACUGGAUUUUUGUUGUCAGUUUUGUUUUGCUCGUUAUUUCAAUCCAUUCACAGCCAGUUCUGUACACUGUUGGUUUUUUCAUAUCGUUCAGUGUGCUAAUUAUCCUGCUAGUGUGUUCUUUUGGCUGUCUAUGGCGUUUUUUAUAUAGUUACCUUGCAUUCCUGACGAUAUAUUCAUUAACUGUGGUAAUAGUCCUAUAUUGUUAUCAGUUCCCAGCAUUACCGUUGAUCUGGCAGAAAGCAACAGGAUUCAGUGAUAACUGGAAUCAUGAUAUUGGCUUAAUCAAUUACAACCAAGAAAAAGAUAAAGGAUCUUUGCUAAUUCAUUUGGUUGGACCAAUUUCACUUUUCAUAGUGAUCAUGUUGCACAUGAAAUUCUUUUACGAUCGAUGGCGUCCGUUCUUUGCUGUUGUUUCAGGUGCCACUGAUAAUGAGAUAGCUGCAGAAACUUUCGGUGUUACAGAGCAACAGAUUUUUUAUACCAAAGUGAGGCAUAUCGCAGAGUGUCUGGUGGAAGCGUUGUGGAACAUUGCAGAAGCUCAUGUGGCCAAACUUGUCAUGUUUAUCAUAGUUAUUGUUGCUGUCAAUGAUAUAUGCGCCCUCAAUUUAACAUUAAUGGUUUUAACUAGUAUUGCUGUUUGUGUUCCAUCAAUCUCCUCGACUAUUUUCCGGUUGUUAUGUAUAUUCAUAUCAGCAUUUAUCGCAGUUAGAAUGGUUUACCAGAUGCAUUUUGUGGUAGAAAAACCAUUACCAGUAUAUUCGAAAGAGCUAAUAUGCAAUUCAUCUGAAUACACUUUGAGUGCAACAGCAUACUGGCUUGGUUUCCAAAAAGUACCGGUCGUCAGAAAUUACAUCAGUGGUUUAAUUGUUGCUUUAUUAGCAAUAGCAUUACAAGCAAUUGUUAUCUAUCGCCAGCAACAUAAACGUUUGGUAUCUGGGGCAAGUGUUCCGCCUCGUGGACUUGUGUUCCCGAAAGCAGAUCCUAGCAAUUGGGAUACUAGUUUGGUUGAUAUGAUCAAGUUUUUCUUCAAUUAUGGAUUCUAUAAAUUUGGUUUAGAGUUGUCAAUGACGAUGAUGGUCAUAGUGGCAUGGAUACGAAUGGAUUUACUGGCAACACUUCUACUUAUUUGGUUAAUGGUAUUUGUAUUCAGCUCUCGUAUAACUUGUCGUUGCUUAUGGCCUAUCUUCCUUCUUUAUCUAACUGUCCUGUUUCCCUUGCAGUAUGCUUUCUAUGUUGGUUUGCCACCAUUCCUUUGUUUCGAUUAUCCAUGGAGCAGGUGGUUAUCAGAUCCUUUGCAAAAUGAUAAUUUGAUAUUUUGGUUGGAUUUGGCUAGUUAUCGCUUUCAGUUAGAUACAAGGAAGUCAGUGGCGGACUUCCUACUCCUACUGAUGGUUGCUUGUCAGGAAUAUGCUUUUCGAAAUGAAACUGACUCACCAGCAGGUGACAAUGAGUCCAUUUAUGCGAGCAGCGGACGUAAUGGUUUGAGACGGGAUAAUCCAACAUAUGAUUUCAUUGCCCAACAGCGGAGUUUUGUCGACUUCUUGAAAAUAAUUGUCUUCAUGUACGGGCACUGGAUAACUGUUGUAAUGGUAUUAGUAGCUGGUUUGGGUGGAGUAUCUUUGUUUGCCCUUGGUUAUAUUAUUUUGGCGUUUUGGAUACUGUGGCAAGGAACAAGUUUAUAUAUUGUGCUAGAUUAUCGCAAGACUCUCAAACGGUGGAACUUACUUUUGUACUAUACAGUAUUUGUCAUGUUUUGUAAAGUUGUCUUGCAGAUUUUUGCAUGUGCUUUUGUCCAUACGCUGAUAGAAACAAAUCUCUGUUGUAUUCGUCAGUUGUUUAGCAUUGUUUGUGUGAGCAUAAUUCCUGGCAGAAUAAACAAUUAUUACUUACCCAGUGAACAACAAGAAUUCGACAAAGAAUGUGCAGUGCAAAAGUCAGAAACACAAAUAGGCUUUGACACAUUUGCAUUUGGCUUAUUAGUGUUACAACUUCGGAUUUUUAAUUCAUGGUAUUUCCAACACUGUGUGGUUGAAUACCGAUCUACAGCUGUGCUAAUGAAUCGUGGCACGGUUCUUCAAGACCAGCUUAUAGAAAGAGAGAUGAUAGAGCAGAAGAAACAGCAAGAGAAAAAAUUCAAAAAUAUUAAGAUGCGUACGGAUCAAAUUCGUAAAGACUACGAAAAACGUCUAAGCAAGGCUGGCGCUUUUGUGCCGCAAACAUACAGCCAAGGAACUGAGGCGCAUUAUCCGAACAAUCCUAAUCCGUGGUAUAGGCUGAGCGAUUCGAGUGAACGUUCGGACUACCGAGUGCUUGCCAAAAGAGCUGGUGAUUAUUAUAUGUUCGAAUAUGAUCCAUCAGAGGAUGCACUAGAUGAACCAGUGGAAACAUUUGUUCCAGAAGUGACACCAGGAGCCAGUGAUUUUAACAAAUUAGACCCAGCUCAGCUGAUGCAUACAGCUGUGCAACGUGACCUUGAUUUGUCUCAAACUUUGGAUGCUAUUAAUUCAGCUGAACGAAUUGAAACUGAUGAAGAAAGACGUAUGAUUAAAGCUGUUUCGGACGAAAUGAAACCAUCCCGACAAAUGGUAGUAGUGUCGGAAUUAUCAGAAAAUGAAGAACGGAAGUUCGAAGGGCAAGUUUUAGCAGGAUUAUGUUUUCUGCAGAAGAUCUUCACUGCUGCGCUUGGUUGGUCUGUCGCUUUCCUAAACCGUAGAUCUCGUGAACAUCGAUAUGUUGCUUAUGUCCUUGGGAAAGAAAAAGAGAAGCUAAAGGAGAGGCUGAAACAGCCACUGGUGGAUACUUCCAAAUCAGUGUUUGACAUUCGACAGGAAUUUAAUCAGCAAAAUUUACGUUGUGUCACAAACGAAAAGGACAUUGAAAGAUUAGAAGGUGAAGUGGAGAAUCAGUGGGAACAGCGAAAUGUGUUUUUGCGCUUCGUAAACGCAGUUGGAUAUUGCAUUGCUGCUCAUACUGAUGUUAUUUGCUACCUUCUGGCCAUAAUCAACCAUGCCCGAUGUGCUGGCAUCAUUUCAUUACCACUACCUCUUCUCAUUUUCUUUUGGGGUUCCUUAACAAACCCUCGUCCAACAAAGAUAUUUUGGAUUGUAAUGAUAACUUACACAGAAUUGAUAGUAGUUAUCAAAUUUGUCGCGCAGUUUGGUUUCUUCUCGUUUAACAGCACUGCAAAUAUUAUCAGAACUGCUAAUUCUGUUGAUUACCUACCCGGAAUUUUGGGCAUUCGAAAGACGGAUUAUUAUGCUUUCUGGGAUAUCACCUUACUUGUUGCUCUCUUUUUCCAUCGCUAUAUGCUUCGAAAAUUGGGUCUAUGGAAGGGAACAGAUGACAUGUUUAAAGCAUCAAUUCCGCUUAUAGAAAUAAGCAAUCCUACUAAUUCCAGUUUGUCGGAUACAACGCAAAUGAAUACUGAUUUCGGCAUUGUACCAAGGACAAAAGAAGCUCCAACGCAUAUUAAACGCAUCAAGCAUUUCUUUAAUACGCUGUUUAAUCCACCAGUUCGAUAUAUAAAAGAUUUAUAUCCGUUCAUGUUUUUGAUGGAUGUAUUAUCUUUCUUCGUAGUGUCCUUUGGCUUUUCUUCCUUUGAUUACGGUGGUACUGGAAGCGUUGUACGAGAUAUCAGCUCGAAUCGUGUUCCAAUAACAUUUGUAAUUAUGCUUAUUGUAAUAUCACUGAUGAUUAUCAUCGACCGAGCUUUCUAUCUUCGAAAAGCCGUAAAAUGCAAAUUUCUCUAUCAGUUGGUUGUUGUUAUUUUCCUCCAUGUUUGGAUAUUCUUCGUUUUACCGCAAAUAACUUACAAACCUUCUUGGCUGAACAAAACUGCCCAAUUUCUAUACUUCAUUAAAUGCAUAUAUCUCCUAAUUUCCGCCUGGCAGAUCCGUAAUGGAUAUCCGACACUGUGUGCAGGCAAUCUUAUAACACAUGCAUACGGCAUUACGAAUAUGAUAUUCUUCAAACUAUUUAUGGCCGUCCCAUUCUUGUUUGAAUUACGUACGGUCACUGACUGGACUUGGGCUGACACUUCUAUGCCGAUGUUUGAUUUUUUCAACAUGGAAAACUUUUAUGCUAUUAUUUACAAUCUGAAAUGUGCUAGGAUGUAUGAGAAAAACUUUCCGACUCCAAGAGGUGUAGCCAAAGGCGUUGUAAUCAAAUAUUUAAUGGGCGUACCAGUGAUAUUGGGACUUAUUCUUCUUAUCUGGCUGCCGUUGCUUUCAUUCUCGCUCCUGAAUAGGAUUGGUAUUGUAUUACCACCGAAUAAUGUUGUGUUGACCAUUGGAGUUGAAGGCUAUCCCUCCAUGUUCACUAUCGAAUCGCAAGGUAUUGAAUUGGAAUUCCUGACUGAUGCUGAAUAUGUCAAAUUAGAAAAUGCUUUCUCUGAGCACUACACUUCCUCGGACACAGAGUCGAUAUUAAGAGCGCGUCAUGCUGUUGCAUUUAUCAGAGAAUACAAUCGGGAAAGUGUUAUGAAAGUGCGUUUCCGCCCUGAAUCACACAUGCCAUGGCUGAUUUCGAGCGAUGCAUUGGUUGCUAUGAAGUAUGAACUCAAAGAAGGAACAAAACGAUUGAAUGCCAUCGUGAAAUUCACGUGCGAGCGCCCUAACAGUAGACAUGCUGAUUAUUCUACACAACAUUCUUAUACAUUAACCAUUCCUUUACCAGUAAAUUCCACUAUACGAAGCGAACUGGCCGAAAUUGUAGAUGGUCAAUACAAUCAUAGUAUGUUGUUGGAAAAUGCGUGGCCACCAUAUGUAAUUAUUCCCAAUGAAGGAAAUGUGAAACUGGCUUCUUCCUUACUUCAUGUGAUCAGUGGGUCAAAUCCAAAACUUUGGGAAGCUUUUUCCAAUAUAUCCAUGAGACUAAGAACCGUUUACACUUCGGAAAAUAAGAUAUGGAGUGCAUCACUGAUUCAAAAUAAUGAAACUGCAGCACUUACGUUACCACUAGAAGACAUUAAAUACGAAAUUCGCCCGGAAAAGUACCUGCAGAUGAUUGUGUUCGUAGAUCGUGUAUUCCCAUCAUUUGUUAGCAAAUAUGUCCAAGGAGGUAUUAUUGCAAUGUACCUAGCUGUAGUCAUGUUAGUGGGACGUAUGAUACGUGGUCUUGUAAUGAAUGCUGGUUUGGAAGUCAUGGUUUCUGAAAUUCCGAAUCCGGAUCACUUACUUAAAAUAUGCCUUGAUAUAUAUUUGGUUCGCGAAGCGAAAGAUUUCGUUUUAGAACAGGAUUUAUAUGGCAAAUUGAUCUUUCUGUUUCGAUCACCUGAAAACCUUAUCAAAUGGACACGAAAUAAAGUCAAAGCUGAUUAA